AUGGCGACCAGAGCGUGGAGGAUUCCGCAACUCAUCCGUAACAUAUACACUACACGAGUUUCGGCUGUUGGAAAAAAUAUUACAAUUCCUCUGCCACUCCCAGAUAAACUGCAUGAUCUGAUAUACGCUUUUCGUGAAUCCAAAGUGCUGUUCGCAGCAUGUGAUUUGGUGUCUUCGAUAUUCUUCAAGAUUCCGAUGCUCCGCAGUCGGUCGCAGACAUGUCUUCAAAGAUUGGAUCCAAUGCUGAUGCCACAGCUUGUUUCAUGGACACAUUGGUUGCUCUGGAAUUGCUGGAAAAGACUAAGCAAGAUGGAUCAUGGCUGUAUUCAAACAGUAACAUAG